CGUUGACUUGCAUGUACUUCCGGUUUUCCGUCUGAAAUAUCGAAAGUACGAGAAAUUAUUGUGAAAGUGUUCAAGCAAGUUAUCGUCAAAUCGUCUGUCUUCCAAGAUAUAAGCAAAGAUGAGCCAACCUGAUAAUAAACCGUUGAUGGAUGACCCAACGCCUCCUGCAUAUUCAACGGCUGUCCCCAGCACAGCUCCACCUCCACCGUACACGACCCAGCCAAUCACGCAGACAAAUGUUACAGUUAUUACAACAUCAUUUCGAGACUAUCCUGUCCGCACUAUAUGCAACGUGUGCUCCUAUGAAGUGAUAUCCAGAGUACAUUAUGAUGAUGGUAUUUUGGUCUGGUUGUCAGCAGGUGUUAUCUGUUUACUCGGAGGAUGGUUGGGGUGCUUCUUGAUACCGUUCUGCAUAGACGGUCUGAAGGAUUGCACACAUUUCUGUCCUAACUGCGGUGCCCUGCUUGGCAAGUACGAGAGAUUGCGCUAACUUGGAUACACCAGAGGCUGAUGGUCAACAAGAAAUACUUAGUAAAAAAAACCCUCAAGCAAAUGCAUGUUGUACAUUUUUCUGAAUUUCAAUUUACAUUUACUUAGGUGUAUUUGAAAAUAGGAUUUGAGUUUGCUACAAGCUUAUGGCAGAGAUAUACUAUUAGACCUGAACAUUAUUUAUCGAUUUGUAUGGUUUCUGCUGUACUCAGAUUUACAACUGUUUCUAAUCAAAAGUGAAAUAAUCAGCAAAAUGUGAUUUUUUAGAUUAAAACGAUGAAACAGUCCUAAAAUGUUGUCAAAAUACAGCCAAGUUUUCAUUACAUUCCUUUAAACUACACUGUAAAAUGACUAAUUUUCACUGGGUUUAAAUUUCGCUGAUUUACCAUUUCUGGCAUAUUCAGUGGGUUUUAAAUUCACGGUUUUAUCAUUUAGAUAAUGCGUUCUAUUCAAAAAUUUACAUAUUCACUGGGUUUUAAUUUAGCACAUUUUUCAGUCAGUGAAAUAAGCAAAAUUAAAACCCAAUGAAUAAUUAACCCCUUUACAGUAAAUACAUGCACGUCAUUAAUCACUGUACAACACUUGUCUCUUUCUCUAUAACCGUAAUUCAGAUUUAGAGAAGAGAGUUAGUCACAUGGAACAGAAUAAAUCCCAAUAUACCCCUCAGUUGCAGUUUAAUAUUUGUUUAAUUUGGUUCACAUAUGCACCACUUUUGAAAAGAUAUAUAUUAGCAGUAACUUUCAAACAAGUUUCCACAAAAGUAAUUGGGUUUGGCAACACGAAAAAAAAAACAGUUUUAGGGAAAAUAUCAAAAAAUUACAUGACACCAUCAACGUGAAAUCGCGCACUCUUUCAUUUUAUAGUAUAUAGCAACAAAUAGCACACUAGAAAGUUAUUUAUCUUUGUUCACUUCGAUAUUUCACAGUUAACUAUAUUGAUCACAAAAAUUAACAUUAUAACACAAUCAGCUGGGAUGAUGUCAGCAAGGUAUUAUUCUACCUAAACCUAAAAUUUGUGAUAUUUUGUAAAAUGUAAGUUACAUCAUAG